CUAGCCUUUGCGGUCUACAAGGCGGUAUAUUGUCCGCAUAAUCUGCUCGAUGGCCGCAAUCGCUUGCCGUUGACCUCAUCCCGGAGGUGGACCCGCCAUCUACUACACACAGGCCUCUUGAUGAUAGCAUAGUCGUCUUCUGGUGCCUCCAUGGGCUCAAUGAAACAGGUUCUCUUCAUUGAAAGUUCCUCUAUCAGUAAACAGGUUAAUGCUGACCUCACGGUUACUACAGCCGUGAAAAUCCAGCGAGGCUUGCGAUCGCCAGCCCGAGAAACCGUUACCAAGACUGACUCUCGAUGCCUAUUCCCUGGUACAUCGGUUGUCUCAAUGAAACAGUGUCAUUUUUCUGAGAUAUUACAAGACUCAACUCUUAUAGUUGCCGUGCGUGUUGGAAUUGCAUUCAUUUCCAUCAUUUGUACUACAUGGUUAGUGGUUACAUUACCUUCAACCUUGAUAUAUAUAACAAGAGGAUACGUGCAGGUUCUAGGGGGCUAACCGUCUGGUCUAAGAAUGUUCCUAAAUCGCGGGGCAAGCCAGCAACUGUCUUGGUGAUUCACUACUAACGCGCUGGAACGUGCCUUGUUUGGUAUCAACCUGGAAAUCCAAAGCGGACUAACGACCUCUAGUGUAACCAUGU